AACAUAUUGAAAUGAUUUGUGAAAGCCAGUUGCUUCGUCCAUGGAAGCCCAAGGGCUUGAAACGAGCAGCACUUUUCCGUGAAGAAAAGUCGAGUCGUGCCCUGGUUCUUCUUGACCGACAACAUGCAUCAACAUGCAUCCCCAGGUCUUGACCGUGACAACAUUGCUGCGGUACUUCGCAGUGGCAACAAGGAAGAGGUGUUGCCAGUCUUGCACCUCCUGAUCUGUGCUGGCAAAGCCACCAUAGAGUCACUCCAGGUCCUGGAGCACGUUGGCCGCUUGCUGAGGCACCAGGACGCGGAAGUGGCCUCGACUGCAGCCGAGCUUUUGGCGGCUGCGGGCGCUGAAGGACACGAAGAGGGCCUGAUACAGAUGCUACAGCGAGUUGAAGAUGUUUGUGUCCGGGCGGCCUUGUCGGCCCUCGGCAAGGUCGGCCCCAACAUCAGCCCAUCCCAUAAGGAUUUGGUGGUCCGCCACGUGGCCCUGUGCCUAUCUGGCAGCCACCGCGUGCGGAGCCGUGCCUUGAGAACGCUGGGAGAGCUCAAAGCUAUGCGUCAGGCCUUGGGCAUCCACCGUUUUGGAGCGAAGCAGGACCCUGAAAGCGAGCGGGCGAAAGGUGGGAUGGCCACGAGGAUGAAGAUUGAGGCCCAAAGACCAGAAGGGGCUUUGCAGGCCACAACAGACACUCCUCGCUUGUCUAAAGACUUGAAGGAAGCACAGGAGGUCAUCGACUCGCUCAAAGAGGCUUUUGCUGCAUCAGAACAGCGUGCAGAUCAGCAGGCGCAGCUGUUCGUUCAGAGGGAGCAGCACUGGCAGAAUGAGCUUGCGCAAGCAGAAAGCCUUGCGGAAGUGGCUGCGCAAGAGAAGGACGAGUUGUGCGCUGAGCUUGUGGAAAAGGCUAAAGACUUGAAGGAAGCGCAGGGGGUCAUCGACUCGCUGAAAGAAGCUCUUGUUGCGUCAGAGAAGCGUGCAGAUCAGCAGGCUCAGCAGUUCGAGCAAAGGGAGCAGCACUGGCAGAAUGAGUUUGCCCAUGCGGCAGCGAAAGCGGAAAGCCUCACGGAAGCGGCUGCCCAAGAGAAGGCCAGAGAAGUUGGUGAAGAUGUAAAGACACAUGUUGAGCAGGACUCAGGAAGCCCUGCAAAAGAGGUUGACUUGAGGCGCCGAAUGGAGGCGAUGUUCAAGUCCAAGCUGAAAGGCUCAGAAUGGCUCCCAUGGCAGAGCUGCAUCGAUUCGCUGCAGUCCGUGGGGUGCACAUUGCAGGAGGCCAAAUCCUUCCUCAAGGAGUACGGCUCGUGGAUACGUGUGAAAGACUUCUUGGACAUCCUCUUCGCCUCUCCGAAGGAGAAGCAGAAGUUGGAAGACUUCAUGAAGAUGAAGAAGCCUAUUAGUUUGUGCUUGCCACUUCGAAUCACUUUCAAGCUGAGGGAGACGCCGUCCGUGCUCAGCAACAUGGCGGACAAAACGUUCGCUGGUCGCAUCAAACCCGGAGCUAAGUAUUGCUAUGCAUCUUACCCAGGCAAGUUCAAAACUGGAUUCGAGGCGCUCUCCAGUGAUGUCGGUGAGUUCGGCGAUCAGAGUGUCGCUUGCGUCUACUUUUGCAAGAAAGAGGAUGGCUUGGGCAGUCACCACCCUGACCCAGAAGAUAGCAAAGGACGUUGCUACUGUAGAAGAAUCUACGGUGAGGGCAAUGAUUCGAACAGAGAUUAUCAGACAUUUGGAUACAUCCAUUGGAUUGGGGCGCCCUAUGGUGAGAAGAUGGCGAACGCACAGAAAGUGGCGGAGGCCAUGAAUGCCGUCCUGGUUCGGGAGGAUGCCAGCGAGGAAGAGAAAACUCACGCGAUCAGAGAGGCCAAGAGGCGCUGGAACCAGAGUGGUCGGGUUGCAGCCUGGGGUUGCCUUUGGCUUCAUGUGUGGUUUGGACACAUGAAGGAAGCAGUGAAAAGACGUCAGCGACUCAAAGUCGUAUACUAUCCCGGCAUGGUCGGGAAAGGUAAAGUGACGAUGAAAGACUUGCAAGACCCGAAUGUGUCUCUCUGGGAUUCGGACCCCAAGAACAGAGGUCUCGGCGGGUCUCAGAAGGCCGAAGUGGCCAUUAUAGAAGACAUGAGAGAACUAGAAGGUGCUGCAUGGGACUACGAUGAAGUUGAUGUCUCCGAAUUUCUCAAGGACUCCUUUUCUCCUGGCAACACAGUUGCUGCUUUGGAUGGGCAUGAAUGGAAAAGAGGAGUCAUCAUUGGAGUUGAUGGCCUGCAGUGGAAAGUGCGGUGUCAGCGGACAAACCAAGUACUCACAACAGACCGUGUUCGGCAUGAGAGCGAAGCAGUGGAGAAGUUUGCCACCAUUUUCUCUGAAGCUUUCGGUGCUUCUCUUCCAGAUGGUGAGGUUGUAGCAACAUGCCCCCGCGAGGAGAGGCUUGAGGAUGGUGUUCUGACAAUGAGGUUUGAUCUUCAGUGCAAAGACGUUGCGGCGCUGAAGGCAUUGUGCAGUGCAGUGUUGUCUGGGCAUUUGGAGUCUGCAAUCCAGGAUAGAGAUGACUUCGGUCGGUUGAGCGCGGGAGUGCACAUCGAGAAGACUGAGUUUGUGAAGGCCUACAAGCAUGUGCUGAUGAGCUCCAUCGAUCUGACGCCGCAUCAAGAGGAGAAGGUCAAAGAGCUAGAAGGAGAUGGAGACUUCCACCUCUCAGCGGCAGCUGGAUCAGGCAAGACCUUCGUGGCAGUGCGGAAGGUUCUUUUGACGCUGGACGCAAAUUCAGAAGGUCAAGUAUUGUUCGUCGCUCCCACGAAGGCCUUGUGUUUGCACUUCCUCCAGUGGUUUGUGGCAAUGCAUGGCGGAGAUGAAGCAGAUGUGGUGAAGCAGUUUGCACGGCUUAGGCUCAUGUAUGCUCCCUACAACAGUUGCAUGACUGCUAGCCUCAAAGGCAAUAAAAUAGAACUUGCAAAGGAUGAAGGCCCGAACAUUCAGUUUGUGCUUUCAAUUGUGGAUGAGGCUCACGACAUUUUUCGCACAGAUGUCGAGCAAGGAGUGCUUAGAGAGAUUUUGUUGCACAGCUCCAAGCAGAGGAUCCUCCUCUCGGACGCAUCCCAGUCGGGGGCCGUGAAGCAAAACUAUCCUAAAGAAAUCCAAUUUCAGGAAAAACAUCUCAGCCAAGUGGUUCGCAGCACCGACCGAAUCGUUCUGGGUGCAAAAUCUUUUCAAUUGCCUCCCGAGUCUUCCGAGCAGUUGCCAACUGAUGAAAGCUCCUCGAGCUGCGCUGGUCCACCUUUGAAGACCUUCCUGUUUGAGCCAGAAGAUGCGGCAUCGCCUUCGCCACCAUUCCAAGAGUAUUGCCGGUACACCAUCUCUGCUCUCCGGCAUGUGAUCUCAUCAUAUCCAGACCUAAGGCUUCAUCAUUGCGUGGCCAUCAUCGUUCCCAACCCUGAUUUUCUCAACAGGUUCAAGCCUGUUUUGGAGAAGGUGCUGCGCGACCCAAUUACACACAAGAGUUUUCUUGUCCAACACAAAACGCCACAGCUCCCGGCUCCGCUGCCUCGGCCUCCGCAGCUGUCGGCUCCGCUGCCUCGGCCUCUGCUGCCUCCGCCUCCGCUGCCUGCGCAGCUGUUGCCACCAAGGAAGCCAGACCCAGCUGACCAAGAUGAGCUUGCUGGCAAGAAUUUGCGGUUCAUUGACUUUGAGGAGUCGUUGUCUUACAUAGUGACAUCAGAUACGGUGGAGAACUGCAAGGAGGAGUGCAUCAUUCUGGAUUCCGUGGACAACGCCAAGGGGCUUGAAGAGCUCAUUGUCAUAUCAGUUGGGAUGGAUGCCGAGAUCGGUUCUGAAGGUAGUGCUGCUGCCCUGGCAACACGCGCUUGUCUUUACCAGACUAUCACACGUGCCCAGCUUAUGGCGUUGGUCGUGAAUGAGUACGUGUCGGGUGGGUGGCUGGAGCACUUGGCCCUUUGCAAACUGAUGGCAGGCGAGUUUGAUGAGUCCGCUGGGCGCAUCGAAUCUUCCACCGGAGCCGCUGCCCAGGUUGUGAAGGAGAUUCAGGCAAAAUCUCAUCAAGGAAAGUUUGAGGAGGGCAAAGAAGGUGGUCUCUUCAAAGGCACAGCAACUCAAACGCUUAAGACACAUGGUGCACCUGCGCAAAUUUCAACUGCACCUUUGCCUUCAGCAUCUGAAACAGUUGCAGGGAAGAAGGAAAUGCAAUCUCGUGCAAGUGUGGUUUGGGAUACUGGGCACAACAGCAUCAAGACUCCCAUAUACGAGCUAAGCUUUGAUCCUUCAAGACGAUCUACGGCAGAAGCCUUCGAGAUGUUGAGAAAGAUCCUUCCCGGAGAGCAGUUGAUGGCAGUCCCAUCCACCUGCCCAUACCCCAAGAAGGAUUGCCUCAUUUGGCAGUACAAUCAUCAUGACUCAAGUGUUGUUGAACUCAUUAUUGAGAACACAUCAUAUACGGAGCAUGCGUUCUUGUUUUGCCGUGACGGCAGUUGUUUGAGAAGAUACAAGAGAUAUUCGAAAAAAACAGAUGCACAUCAUGAUGGCAGUGAGCUUCACAUUUUCGACCCAGAAGAGGAGUGGAUCGGUUCUGUUGGAGAGGGGCAAUUUAAGCUGGAAGGGUGUACCUUGAGUGGGACACUUCGUCAAGCAAAAGGCUUCGCAGAAUGGCGUACUUCAGAUUUUUGGAGCCAAGGCCGAGAUAUAGAUUUUCAUUACACUCGAAAAGAGCUUCUGUCCCACAGACUCAGCAAACGUGAGGCUUAUUUGGAAGAGAAGUUUGCUGAACUUUCAGAAAACAAACUGAAGGAUCUUGGCAUGGACCCACAGCACUUGUGGUUUUGGCAGGCUGACCUAUGAGCCCGGCAAAGAGGCUCAUACACCGAAGGAUUCGUGCAUUCCUUUGCUUCACCUUCCAUGUGACCUAAUUCGGUGCCACUCUCCAAAGGAGAAGGGGAAUAUACACAAGCUCCUUUACCCCAGGUGCCAGCCGCGAACUAGUCUAUAUUGAAGGCACUUGGUCCAGUCUUGGAUGAACUUUGUUGGCCCAAAAGGUGCGGAAGGAGUUAAUGCUCACAGAUUCCAGAUUGAUACAAGAUGAUACAAGUGAUGUGGAGCGAUGCCUCUGUGAGCGUGUGAGCUCAUGGACAGAGAUGCUUUUAUAAUAUAUUUACUUUUGUGGGUGCUCAAGCAGCUUUUAGCAUUUAUCAUUUAUCAUUUGUUUGUCCAGCUAGCAAACAUUCAGACAUCCAAUGGACAAACAUUGACAACCUUAGGAGGAAGUCUGAUGCCACAAGGGUCCGCGACCCGAGCCAAACACCUCUCAGCAAACCCUGGAUUCUCAAGAAGCCUUUGUCCCCCAAGAGGCAGUGAGCCCGAAGGUUCCCGAAGCCGAUGGUGCUUUGAUGAUCCAAUCCUUGCCACUUGGAGAUUUUGCAGUUGUCAUAUGGCUGUGAGUUAUUAACCCUGGACUCCCUUGUGGACCACCCAAAAUCACGAGAAAUCAGGUCCAGAGGGAGCCUCCUCGCCUGCGGACUGGUGGUUGCGGCAUUAUCCUUCUGGCCCCUUCACCAUAUGGAAAGAUACUAAGAGGGUUUGCGCAACUGGAGGGUAUGAAAUGAAGAAUGCAGCUAGGUGGCCGUGGUGAUUUGGAGGCUUAGGUUUUGACCCACCCAGCCCAUAAUAUGUUGUGCAACUGACAGGGCAGUUGCAGUUCCACAGAGCUCAGGCUGUGACAUCCACGCGACUUGUUCUUACGUCGAAGGCCUCGUUGAAGUCCGGCGGACUUGUCUCAGAUAGCUAGCUCCCGUUCAUCAACAAUUUGUUUGGGUCACAGCCGUUCACAGGUCGGGUCCCAUUUGACAGCUGGAAUUCCCUGGCACACUGUGCGCAAAGAGCAGCCCGAUCAAACAAGAAUCACCCAGCACGUUUUUGUUUCACGCGCCCUUUGUACAGUUAUGUUUGUAGCGCCUUUCGGGUGUUCAAAAAGUGAGUAAUGGUCUGUUCAGGAGACGUGCCCGUGUGCCCGAAAGACACGGUGUGCCCGUCUCGAGUCUCCAGUACAGUACAACACAGAGCGGUCACUUGUAUGAAGACUUAUGGACGGUUCGCGGCAAUGCAGCUGAGCUGCGUGUAGAUCCUUGAAUACCUAGGUAUAGCCUAAUAGCAUCUAAUAGCUAUCAAUUUGAAUUAGCAAUGGCCAGGGAACAGUCAAGAGCUAGUGUCAGUGUCAGCUGAUAGAAUAAUUGAACGAAGGGUCGUGAUGAUAAUACCAAUGAAACUGGACCAAGGCCAGUUGGGCUUAGACUAUCCAGGCUCGACAAUUGAGAAGUUCGAUCAGUGAGCGUGGCAGGAGAGAGGUGAAGUGCUGGCAGAUUUGAACAUGUUGGCUGCCCCUUGAAAGGGGGCCGAUGGGCCUACUGGCGUCCCGAUGUGUCCAUGUGAUGUAUCAUCUUCUUGUUCGGAUUGGGUCACUGCCAGGCCCCAGAAGUCGGAACGGAGCGGCAAUUGACAGUAAGGAGAUGCAGCGGCUGCACUGCUGUCGAACUGUAGAAGCAGAGGAGAAGGGGUGCGACUUUCUCUUCCUAUUGGAUGACGAAAGUGCCGGGAUUUUGCCUAGCCAGCUUCCGGCGAAGGAUCGAGGAACGCCCUAUACCCUCCUGCCACAGCCAAUGCUGUCUAGCGUCUGUGGGCUCGCCAGCGUGAGUGCAGUUUGCACGCCUUGAGGCGCAGAAGCGAUUGCUCCACCACUGGAGGUUUGGACCACGAGGGACGUGCAUUUUGGCGCUCGAUGGGAUCCAGUCUGGCACAACCUGCAGAGCCUGCGAGCGCUCAGCACGGUGCCGGUAUUGCUUAGCUGGCUGAGGCUGCUCGCCUUGAAGCAUGACCUGGUUGCUCGCCUUGCCACAGGCUCAUGGGAGGGAUGGGACGGUGUGGAAUUUCGGCGAGGAAUGGUGGAGUCCAGGAGUUUUGUUGAUCAGGCAGGCUCCGCUGGGGGGGGCCAAACUGAUGGAAUGGAUGGAGUAUUGCAAUUUGGUGCCUUCCAGAGUGGUUUGUCCACACACACACACUGAAGGUGCAGACACUUUUCUUCCUGACAGGUUUGUCAAUGCACUGUUGUGCCUGCGCGCAAUGAGAUGUGUCUUAUUGUUUCUUGAUAUGAACACUAUUUGAACCGCAGCACGCCGAGAAGUCGAACCAGAUCUUUUUGCCUGUAUGGCAAAGGAGGACUGAAAGGAGUGUUUGUCUUCUACACCUUUCCAAGAUAACCUACAGUCCAGCCAUUCCGAAUGAGGCCUUCCCCUUUUUCAUCGCCGCCCGUCCGUCCCUGCAAACGCGUGGUUCAUCCGGGGGGGAUCCGCUCUGGGCUUUGCGCCAGCCCCCCCGAGGGGAAUAGCUUCUCCAUCACCACCGGCCGAUCUGAGAUUCUGUGAGUCGGAAGGAUGGCCA